AUGGCCCCUUAUACUCCUUUUAACCCAAACCAGUAUAAUCUUGGGUUAAGGAGGAAAAAUCUAAACAAGGAAAAAAAUAGGAAGCUUAGGUCAAUUGAAGUAAUGCCAGGUGUGUUUGAGCCUGCAGCAUAUGAUAAAUUUUUAACUUUGUCUUUAGAAGAAGGCAAUAUAGAAGAUUCAGAUAUUUUUGAAAUAUAUAGAGAAAUAAUUACAUGUUUAGGCAGAAAGCCAAAAAUUUCCUCCUUAGGCAAAGGCCAUUUAUUGAUAGAGGUACAGUCACCAUCUGAAAGCAGCAAGUUAAAAGAAAUUGAAACAGUUUGUGGUAACAAGAUAAAAUGUGAGCCUCAUAAAACUUAUAACCAGAGCAGAGGUGUCAUCUUCUCUAAAGCUCUGAUGAAAUUUUCUGAGGAGAAAUUAUUAAAAGAGUUAAAAGAUCAAAAUGUUACAGAAGUCAAGAGAAUAAUGAAAAAAGAACAUGGAGAGUCACAUGGACCAUGUAGCAAUGCUCCUAAAUGUGUGAACUGUGGAGGAGAACAUCCAGCAUCAGAUAAAAAAUGCGAGAGAUAUCGUUUUGAAAAAGAAAUAAUGGCUGUCAAGACCAAGGAACGUAUUAGUUUCUUUGAAGCAAAACAGAAGGUAGCAAGCAGCUUUAACCCAGGAAUUCGCACCUUUGCUUCAGUCACCAAAAGAAGAGAAAUGGAAAAAAAUUCAUCAAAUAAUAAUUCAAAUCCUAGAACUCAAUUGAACAAGAGAUCUCGAAGUGAUGACUGUAUUAUACUUCCUGAUAGUAAAAGCCUAAAGUCUAGAGGAGACAGCUUUAAGACCAUCUCAGAUCCAUUGAGUUCUCAAGAGGAACAAAGUUCCUCCACCCUAGAUGGACCUUUGACUCCAUCUCCAACAUCAACGUUAGAGCUGCCAAUGGCAGCCUUACCAUAUACCUCUGAGGAGCUAUUAGCCACUCCAUUACUUCUUCCUGGAGACUCCAAUAAAAACAUUCCACCAAAGACAGAGGAGCCAGCAGCUCCUCUCUCUGGAGACCCCAUUAAAAGCCCGCCACCUACGACAGAGGAGCCAGCAGCUCCUCCUUCAAAUUCCUGCAGCCCAUGUCACUUUAAAGACUGGGCACCACCCCUUAAAAUCAUCAUAUAUGGGAAAGGACUUGUCAACAAAAGAUGA